GAGAGAACUAGAGAGGAAAGAUAUCAGAAAGAAAAAAUUGACCAAAGCAAAAUUGUCUUUCAUUUGUGUAUCUAUAGUAUAAUUGGUCAAAAUGUCUAUAAAUAUACGUUGUGCUACAAUCGAUGAUUUGUUGAAUAUGCAACAUUGUAAUUUACAAUGUUUACCAGAGAAUUAUCAAAUGAAAUACUAUUUGUAUCAUGCUCUUUCUUGGCCACAAGUAAGUUAUGUGGCAGAGGACGAGAAAGGCAGUAUAGUAGGGUAUGUACUGGCUAAAAUGGAAGAAGAUUGCGAAGAUAAUCCACAUGGACAUAUUACUAGCUUGGCAGUGAAAAGAUCUCACAGAAGGCUUGGUAUUGCACAGAAACUUAUGAAUCAGGCUUCCAGAGCAAUGGUUGAAUGUUUCGGUGCAAAAUAUGUUUCUCUACAUGUUCGUAAAAGUAACCGGGCAGCUUUGAAUUUAUAUACAAGCAGUUUGCAAUUCGAAUUGUCGGAAGUGGAACCAAAAUAUUAUGCGGAUGGAGAAGAUGCUUAUGCUAUGAAACGUGAUCUUAGCAACUUUUAUAUGGAAAAAAAUGCACCAAAAGAGAAAACAAAUAAAGACGUGAAAGAAGGAGAGAGUCAGAAAGGCUGCGUCUCGAAAGGCGGAAAGUAAAUACUUAAAAAGAUACAAUCGAUGUUAAAGCUGUGUUACAAAUGUGCGGUCGUCGAUUACCUCUUGUAACAUUUAAUAAUGCAAGACUUUACAG